ACGGAUUUUGUAAGCGUCCUCCCCCUGUCGCUGCUUGCAUGAAUUUGGUUCGUCGACGUCUUCCCUCUCGCACAGUGUGUCUCUGCUCGCUGCGAAUGCGACAAUGCUUCUGUGUCUGCUGACCUAUCGUUGAUGGCAGACCUGUACCACAGGCUACCUUUGCUGCUGCUCGUCGCUCUUCUGCUGCUCAUCGUUGUCGUCUUCCACAUUUGUUUCCUCGGUCGCGUUCCUGGAAGGAAACAGACGCGUCGAACGCCGAAGAAGUCGAGGAAGAUGGAUAAGCUUCAGACGAAGACGACGAUGUCGGUGGAAGGUGGGGGGUCCUCGCAUCAGCGUUGCAACAGUGCGGAAGACGGUAGGCGGCCGUACGACCCGACGUUGUACAGCCACCUGCCGUCCCACGAGAUUCCAUUGCCUCCGAGUGACGACGACGUCGACGAGGGAAGAUCCUCAACGGUUCCUCUGGGCAGAGGUUCGACGCAGGAUUGGAUGGGGAGCCAACUAUACAGACACGCAUCGACGCCGACGUACAGAGAUUUGCUGGAGGGCCGGACCCCCGCUGGUUACGACGCUGGACUCGUCGAUCUGAGCUUCGGUUUGAGGUCUGGGAGUGGCGAGGACCUGACGCACACCAUUGUCGUGAACCCGACUUCUGCCACCAAACACACAUCGCCUUCCGUGAGGGCGGUUGGCCCUACGGAUAGCCGUGGAUUCGUUUCGCCGAGGCAGGUGGCUUUGAGUACAACAAGUGUGGCCGCGUCGAGGACGAAGACAGCUGGAUUGGCAGGGUGCCGAACGACGACGCCAGGCGGUAGAAUAGACGGAGAAGGGGACGACGACGAGCACGCCGCUACAAAGGUCGUCGGUCGUCAAUUUUGGGAUGAUGAACGACGACGAUUGCGUUCCGCGAACACGUCCAUUAUAACGAGAGGGGUGGCGAGAAUCAGUGUGGGGGCCGAAGACGUAUUUGUGGUUUGCGAUGGUGGAGGGGGCGAGGAGAUCACUGCAGACGACGGCGGUGAUGACAACGACGAAGACAACGACGGCGAGAUGGAGAUUCGUCCAGUAGGGAGGAAGCGCGGAGGGUCGAGGGCGACAACCAAGGUUAGAGAAUCGCGCACGGGGCGGAAAGGCAAGAAGUGCGUCGAAGAAUUGUCGGCAGCCUCGGCAAGCGACGGAACAAAAAGCAGGGAUUUUUGGACAGUGGAGCAUAUGAUCGCUCUUAUCAGAGCCAAAAGUGACCAGGAUUUGCAUCUGGCCGGCAUGGGGCACAACUACGGACGGAUGAAGACGAAGACAUGGAAGUGGGACGACGUGGAGAACAGGCUCGUGCAGAUGGGGGUGACGAGUAGGAAGGUCGUCGACUGCGGAAAGAAAUGGGACAACCUGUACCAGCAGUUCAAAUCCGUGCACAAGUUCAUGGGAGAAUCCGGGAAGCCUAACUUCUUCACACUGACGCCGGGGGAGAGGAGGGAGAGGUGGUUCAACUUUAGGAUGGAUGAGCGCGUGUAUUCGGAGAUGAAGGCGAUGUCGAGGAGCGAUCACACUAUACACCCCAUGAAUCUCGGGAACACGGGUGCGCCGGGAGGUGUUCAAAUGCCUGGCCCGCUUGGCGGGGGAAACGAAUCCGGCGGUAGUGACGGAGGGGGGGAUGGUCAGGACGACGAUCACGGAUCGACGAGGGAUUCGUCGUUGUCCGGCGGUGGCGGUGGCGGGGCCAGCAAACGAAAGAAUGUCAGACAUCAGACCUUCGAGGCGAUGGCGGACGUCAUGAAGGAGCACGGGGCGCUGAUGACGACGACGGUGGACACCGCGAGCAAGAGGCAGUGCUUAAUUCUGACGAGGCAAUGCGACAUUCUGGAGAGAGAGAUACAAGUGCAGAAGGAGCACUACGAGAAGGCUGACCAGGCGAACUUCAUGAUGUGCAACGCCCUCAUGGAGAUUGCUGAAGCGAUCCGCGAACGAGCCUGACGUGGGCCGACCAGGCAUGUCGAACGUCCAAAGGCAUGGCCCGUGUGCACUUCCGGCACGUCGCCGUUUCCAUCAUCCUCCGUGCUGCAGUACGUUGAUGUGUAGGUUGUGUACAGUCGGCGAGUCGUCGUUGCUCGCGCAUAGUAUUAAGCGCGCGUUUUAUUAAUGACUGUGAAGAACGUUGUUUGCUUUCAUGCCCCACGGCGCG